CCUACUUCACCCCUCUCCUCUUGAAUUCAUCUCCAACUCCUCUUCUUUCUUCAGUUGAUACACACUCACCUCUUCUGCCUAGCUUGCUCCUGUGAAUGAAGUCGUCCUUCCGAAGCUCAGAUGGACGGACAAAGCUCCCGUCCAGAAAUUGCAGCUCCUCCAUACAUGGAGAGUGUCUAGAAGAUGGAUUAAGUUCAUCGGUUGAGAUGCUUGCUCAGAAGCAUCGGGUCGACAUGGCCUCCUUUUUGUUGCCAUGGAUAUAGCUUCAUCUUGAAGUUUGUUUAAUAACUUAGGC